UGCAGCUUCCGUUGAUGUUAACUUGAGUUGUGGGUCUUUUAUUAUCGUUGGAACGGAUCAUAAUUUCUGUUGUAAGACCUUGUUUGAGUUGCUUAUAGCUUUGCCGAUCUAACCAUUCAGGCUGAAAUUUUUCAUGAUGACUGUCUACCCCAAGCUGAUUUUUUUUUUAAAGUUUCAGCUUAAAUGGUUUGGCCAUUUCAAGGAAUGAGGCUAGGGGGGAAUACAUUGCUUUGCCAAUGUUUUAAAAAAAAAUUCGUACCUGCUUUCAUUGAGUAGCUCUAGUACUACCAUACUUUCAACGAAGGAGUUGAAAUUUGGGGUGCGGGUCGCCCCAGAGCAGGGGAUGCGUCUUUUACCAUCCAUGUAAAAAUUCACCCAAAUUUGGCCAGGUUAUGAGCCUCUGAAAAUCUCAGUUCACACGUGCUCAGUGGAGAUAGAGAUAUGUUGGAGUUUGGCAGCUUAAAUUCUCCAAAAUCUCCAAAGAGGGGCCCUAUGGAAAAAAUAGUAUGUGACCAUGUAAUUGAAGACUGUAUCACAGUGUUCUACACCCGCUCAGCUGCACUGCCCUCUGGGAUAGCAAUCCUAGAGUUCCAUGUACACAGCUCAGUAGCAAUGCCUUCUGAGUGAUUUUGAAGGACCUUGUGGGAAUCCAGAUGGCCACCCGAGGGAACUGUGGGAGGAGAGGCCAAACUCCCACCAGCCUCUGUGGAAACUCCAGAGUGACUCCCACAAGUCCCUUGGCUCCAGCAUCAUUUCCAAAGAGGGAAACUCAAGCAGGAGACUUCCAACUCUGCCGCCCACGAGAGGCUUGGUAAUGAAAAAGUGAGUAUGCAAUCCAUGGCUUAAUGGGGAUUCUUGAAGGGUAAGUGCUAACUAUAGGCUCAGUGGGGAGCAAAUCCAUGCUCAGUGGGAUGCUCUGAGGGUACAACCCAACUCCAGAAAGCAGUGGGGUGGGACGGGACUGCUCAGUGUGAGGACAUGGGGCAGAAAUAGACCUAUGGAGGGACAAUUGUGAACAGCGAAUGCGUCUGAGCAUUUCCCAACCUCCUUGCAAAUGUUUCGCAGACAGGAAAAGAGACCAAUUGCUGAUGAAUAAUUAAUUUCUCACAAACUAUCCCUCCUACAUGUGAUGGCUGGAGCCCAUGUCUGGUGAAUCAGGUGUAAUGCUCGUAGGAGCACGCUCCCUGUAUCAGACAGAUGCAACGGAUGUGCUGGGCUGUGUACUUAGCCUUGCACAAUAAAGAUUCUCCACUUGCCAUUCAAACGGGGGUUGCAUGUGGAAUGAGCGCGCUCUGUUCUGGAGCAAGGCUGUGCAGUAGAAAAGAGAAUCCUGCCACGGCUGAGUCAAGGGGGAAGGUUUAACCCAGCGGGAUGUGUGCAUGAGGUAGACAUUGCUGCUCCUUGGAUAGGUAGCAGAUUCAGGGCUUGGCCAUGGGGUAGUUUUCCAGUGGAGAAGAAAUUAGCCACAUGACUGAGCGGGAGAAUUAGAGGCAGCAAAGCUUAUGUGGCUCAGAAGCCCAAGCACAGUCCCGGAGAAGCCCCAUUGGACGCUAUUUCUAAACGUUCACGGACCAGCAACUAUUAAGAAACAAAAAGACCAAGCUGGAUGGCACUGCUCAGCACUUCAGGUGAUCAAAGGACGUUGCAAGCUUUCAUCGAGCCAGGGCGGGACAGGUGAGUGUCAGCUCUCUGGGGCAGGGGCUGCGUUUUUGUUCUGUUUGUACAGUGCCUAGCAUAGUGGGGUCCUACUCCAUGACUGGGGCUCCUAGGUGCUAAUAACAAUACAAAGCAAGGGAGACUCAGGCCUUGUGAAUUCUCUUCUUUCAUCCUCAUUUACAGUGGUGUAGAUCAGAUUUGAAUCAGGUCCUUGAUAGGCAGGAAUGGGCCAUUCAUAGAGAUCUCUGGGCAGUAGGAACAACAGGGAGGGGUAAUACAAAACUCUGCUCUCCCAGGUAAUAGCGAUGGCAGAAUCCCCGGGGGUACUUUAUGCAGAAGAAGCUCCGGGUAAGGGACUACAGGCCUGUGCUGGUUUCAGAGAGGGAACCUAACAGUGAUGAGCGCCACAUUAACAGCUGGGCCUUUUAAGGUUACUGCCGCUGCUGUGGAGUUAAUGAUUUGCGGGAUGACGAGGUAGGGAUUAAAGACCUUUCCAAGGGUCACUGGUUGGGAGCUCGUGGAAGCUGUGGGUCCACCCCCACACCACACCCCACUCCACACACACCUUGUUUCACUCCAGGCUUAUGCCAGGGAAGAUGGUGUCUCUCACGGAGUUUCAGAAGAUCGGUGUCGGUCUUGUGGGCUUUGGCCUAUUUUUCAUCUUUUUUGGGGUACUCUUGUACUUUGACUCAGUGCUGCUGGCCUUUGGAAACCUCCUGUUCCUUUCUGGCUUGGCCAUUAUCAUCGGACUGAGAAGGACUUUCAACUUCUUCUUCCAGAGGGAAAAGCUAAAGGGCACCAGCUUCUUCCUGGGAGGCAUUCUCAUUGUGCUCCUGAGAUGGCCUCUUCUGGGCAUGUUGCUGGAGACCUAUGGCUUCAUCACCCUUUUCAGGGAUUUUUUCCCAGUAGUCUUUGGAUUUCUGGGAGCUUUGGGAAAUAUUCCACUGCUGAGCAAGCUAUUCCAGAAACUAGGAGACACCAGCUCCUUGGUAUGACCUGGAAGAGUUUCCAACAGCUAGUGGAGAUAACGUCACCUGCUUUAGACACCCGGAUCCGUGGGCAGCAGGCUCUCAUUGCACAGACACUAAUCUGCAGUCUCUCCAAGCCAAGAGUCACCUGGACUGGACACACUCUUUUAUUGUGUGAAGGAAGCCGCUUGGAGCCAACAGAUCCUGCUACCAAUUAACCCAAAAAUCCAAGCCUUGCUAUCAGAUUGCUCCCAAUCGGAUAGAUCUGGCUGAGAUUCUCACCUUCCCAUGCGCUACACUGGAAUGAAUGAGUUUCCCAAGCCAGAUGGUUGUGCAAGUUGUUGAUUUACUCUUUUGUCAUGUCCUCAUGAGAGUGAAAUUGUAUGUGGAUUAAAAAGCAUGUCUGAGAUAAUAUUGCAUCCCAGUCCCAUUAGAGCAGUGGUUCCCAAACUUUAACAACCUGUGAACCCUUUUCACUAAAAUGUCAAGUCUCACAAACCCCCUCCUAAAAAUAAAUAU